AUGGAUGAUAUGAAAGAAAUUUUCACUUUGUUCGACACGGUCGGUGACAUGAAAAUAUCCAUCAAUGAGGUGGGCACAUGUCUACGAGUUCUGGGCCAUGCACCUACUGAAGAACAAGUGAAAAUUCUGAUAAAACCGUGGGAAGAUAAAAAAGAAAAUCGCAUCUCUGCCGAGGAAUUCAUUCCAAUUGUUAAUAAAAUAAUUAGCUUGGAGAAAAUUUGCAAACGCUUUUCUGUCUCCGAAUACAUCGAAGCGUUCAGUCAAGCGGAACGAGAUCGCAACGGAUUUAUUCAUUCUACGCAACUCAAAUUUUUACUUAUGCAUAUCGGAGAACGUUUGUCUCGAGAAGAAGUCGAAAAAACAAUUUUAGGCAUCGAAAAUGCCGAUGGCAAAAUCGAUAUCGAAAGAUACGUGAAUCGAAUUUGUGAUUCGCAAGUCGAAUUUUCUGAAAAGCUGCUUUGA